AUGUUCUGCAUUUCCGAUUCCCCUCUCUACAUCGCUAAAUGCCUCAGCAAAGACAUAACCACCUCAACCAUUCCCCUCGGCUUCCGACUUAUCGGCGUCAAGGGCUCCCUCUCCUCCUGGGAACUUUCCAGAACCUUCCUCCAGACUCUCUCCGCCGAGGGCGUCGCCCUGGUCCUCUGUAAAUUCGUCUCCUUCUCCAACUCUGACGAUUCCCGUUUCGACCCCGAUUGCGACUUUGCGGUAGAGGUUUUCGACGCCGUCUUGGAGCAGUUGGUGGAGCUGAAGGAGUGGUUUGAGGUUCAGAUUCUGUAUCAUUUAUGUUCUGGUGUUCUGUUUUGGUGUUCUGUUCUAGUGUAUGAGAAGGAGAAGGGGAAUAACAAUGAAUUAUUGAAGUGGGAAUGA